AGUAAUGGCAAAACCACUUGGACUAUAAAAGACAACAAAUCAUAUUCCUCCGGAGUAUACCCGGUUGUCCAUCCAAUGAGUUCCUAUUUUGUCAACUCAACUUUUCCCGUGUCUCUGCCGGGGGGACAGGACUCUCUCCUGGGUCAGAUACCGCUCUAUUCCUCGGGAUACACCGACCCUCUAAGACACUAUUCAAAUGCGGCCACGUAUGGAGCGGCGGCCAACAUGCAGGAGAAGGUUUACCCGGCGUCGUACUACCAGCAGUCGAGCGCCGCGGCCGCCGCCAUCUACGGACGAGCCGGCGGCGGCGCGCCGUGCGACUACAACUCGGUGGGCAGCACGUUCUACAAGGACAGCGAGGGCUCGUGCGCCUUCACCAGCCGCGAGGAGCAGCCGCUGUUCGUCACUCAGGAGCACCCGCGCAAGUCGGAGUGCCCGGAGCAAAACGUCAACAUGGGCAGCACGAUCGACGACAAGUCGUCGUCCCUGAUUUAUCCGUGGAUGCAAAGGAUGAACGCUUGCUCUGCCGGUACCUUCGGAGGCACCGGACGCAGGGGCCGACAGACGUACACGCGCUACCAGACUCUGGAGCUGGAGAAGGAGUUCCACUUCAACCGGUAUCUUACCAGGCGCCGGCGGAUCGAGAUUUCCCACGCGCUGUGUCUGACCGAGCGCCAGAUCAAAAUCUGGUUCCAGAACCGCAGGAUGAAAUGGAAGAAGGAGAACAAGCUGCUCAACCCUUCCAAGCCAGCAGAGGAAGAGGAGACGGAGAAAAAGACAAGGCGCUAUCCAAAUGGCUCCGACUAUCAGUUACUAAAUUAUGGGACUAACGGCGCCGUGAGCGGUUCGUUCAGAGACCCUGGCACCAUGCACUCCGGGUCUUUCGGCUACAACUACAAUGGCAUGGACCUAAGCGUAAACCGCACCAACUCCAACAGCCACUUCGGGCCGGUGGGGGAGGAUGCCCGGGGUUUCGGGCCGGACGCCCGGUACAGACAGCCCAACUGCUCGCUUUCCUCUCCGGACGCGGUGCCGUGCGCCGCGGCCAACCGAGAGCCCCUGGAACUAAAAAGCCCCUCUCCUCCGUCCGACCGGAGCACCGCCUCGACCGGCAACAGCCUCAACAAAAGCAGCAGCGCCCAUUUCACUGAGAUAGAGGAGACCGGCGUCCCUUCCGAGACCGAGGAGGGGGCGCACGCCAGCGGCGGCUCCGCCACAGCAGCCCGGUGCAAAAAGAAGAAGAAGAAGAAGAAGAAGAAGAAGAAGAAGAAGAAGAAGAGGGAUUAUUCUCGUGUGUGUGUGUGUGUGUGUGUGUGCGCGCGCGCGCGUGUGAAAGCCCAUAGACCCUAA